AUGCUUUCAACAAGAAUCCUGUCAAAUAUCAGCAAAUUCGGCAAUGCAUCGCCUGCAAAGCGUACUUUUACUGCAGGAAAAGUAAUUUUCAACAAGCCAAAAGCAUCGGCACCCAGCCAAUCAACACCUAAUGUGCAAGGUUUAACGGAAGCCUGUGUAAAGAUACCAAAUGCCCCUGUGGGGCCUGGAGCCGCUAAAAAUACUGAUUAUAAGAACCCCGAGUAUUUCUGUUAUGAUAAAAAUAGUUAUUUUGAGGCUGAGAUUGAGAUGUUGAAAUAUAGAUGCACACAGCCUGAUAAUAAGGUGCCAUAUUAUCCACCAAAGUAG